UGUUGUGAGAGCCCCGAAUUAUCCUCUUUGGGAGAGAAGGAUUAACAAGCAUCGUUUUGGUCUCAUCAGCACAAUCCGGCUCCACAGCCUCCACGGGAUGCUGGCUUCCAUGAAUAUAGCUCUAGUGGCCGCCCAUGGUUGCCAUGACCUCAUUACAUCACGAACCCUGUCGUGCACAUUGGCAAGAACUCGUACUAAUCCCGGUGUUGCCAUUUGCGGCAACUGCUUUGCUGCUCGGCGUUCUUCGAGUUCGAAGAGCAGCGUGUUCCCUUGUGAAUGCUCAACAACAGACAUCACAGUUACACAAACUGCAACUAACUCUGCAGAAAAUGGGUAUCCUCAAUAUCAUCGUUUGCUUCCAUGUCCCUCAUUCAAGGAACCACCACGAGUUGAACAUCUGGUUGUUUUGGAAGAGGGACCUGUUAUGGAAUACAUCUCUAAAUCCUUGGAUCUUCCUCCUCUUUACGUUGCAGAUCUCAUUCAUUUUGGUGCUGUACAUUAUGCCUUAGUAUGCCCACGGCCUCCGCCAACUGCUACCCCUGAGCAAAUUAGACUAUUCAAAAAAUUUACAGAACCAACAUUUUUGAAAGGGCGAAAAUCUAUCAAAGGGAAAACUAUGGGAGAAGCACAGAAGACUUUCCGAAUAACUCACAUUGAUGAUUUUGUGGAAGUUGGAAUGUACUUGCGUGUUUACGUGCAUCCCAAACGCUUUCCAAGGUGUUAUGAAAUUGAUUGGAAAUCAAGAAUAAUCGCCGUGACAGAAUCCUAUGUGGUUUUGGACAAACCUGCCGGUACAUCGGUUGGGGGCACUACGAACAACGUCGAAGAAACUUGUGUGACCUUUGCAACUCGUGCUUUAGGAUUAACGUCUCCCUUGUGGACUACCCAUCAGAUUGACAAUUGCACCGAGGGCUGCGUCAUUCUAGCUAGGACAAAAGAAUAUUGCUCCAUCUUCCAUCGUAAAAUCAGAGAGAAAAAGGUUAUGAAGCUUUAUCUUGCUCUUGCGGCUGCUCCCGUGCCGAUGGGAAUAAUAACACACUAUAUGCGGCCAAUUAAUUUGGCUCCCAGAAUUGUUUCUAAAGACUGUAUUGAUGGAUGGAACUUGUGUCAGCUCGAGGUGUUGGAAUGUAGAGAGGUUUCAUGGCCAGUUGCUGAUAUCGAAGCAAAAUACUGUAUUGAAGAUUGUGGCUGGCCCUCCAAAAAGAAAGCAUAUGAAUGUAAAAUCAACCUCUUGACUGGUCGGACACAUCAGAUUCGAGCACAACUGGCUGAUUGUGGAGCACCAUUGGUUGGUGAUUCCAUCUACAUGCCUGCGGCAGUUGCAGAGAUGGCUAAUCCCGGGUCCAACCCAUUUGGAAGAAGUAAGAAAGAGUAUACAAGCGAAGAGGAUAAAGAAAUUGCAGUGGCGGAGUGGAUUGCUCUGCACGGAAAAGAACCAGCCCUUGCUAUUGGACUGCAGGCUUAUGAGAUUUCUUGGGAUUCCGGGGAACACUCUUACAAUGCUGGAACUCCUUGGUGGAACCAGGGGCAGUUAUAGCUCGAUAUUGACUCCAAGCUAUCAUUUUGCAUUAGCCAACAUUCUCCAAAUCUGUAAGGCUAUCGUGGCACACACCUAAAAGAGUUGGAGAAAGAUACGAAGGGCUUACUGAAAGCAUUUAGAAAGUCAAUCCAAACAUGCUCCUGCUCGAAAAUCAUGAUCAUCUAUGACUAGCUUAAUAUUAUGUCAAUGAACGACAUUAUUCAAUUAUUAUCGAAUCAAGUUUGAUGCUAUAUA